UAUUGAGCCUAACUGUGAGAGUAAAAAUGCUGCAGUUGAUAUCAUUUUAUUAGGGUAGUCCUACGUGUGGUGUGAAAAUGCAUUGGAGACUAGACACCAGUGACAGUUAUUGUAAACAGUAGGCACUUCCUAUGCAAAAAAGUCUCAGCAUGUUCUUCAGUAGGAAAUAAUAAUAUAAAGUAAACAGUAUCUGAACUCUGCGCUUAUUUAGUUCAUUUUUUCUAAAAUAACGAUACACACAUCUCUUUGUAUUUAUGUAUUUGUAAUAUUGGAGGAAUAGUCUCUGCAUCCUCAUUUGUGUCUGCUAUCCAAAUAUUAACUUCCACGGUGUUGCAUUCAAAAGCAUAGCUGACUCUUGUCGAGAUAGAUUUGUUCAUUUGCAAACCCUUUUUGUUUCUGCGCCUCAAGUCAGACUCCUGUAAAGUGAUCCUUAUAGUUUUGUCCGUGGCGAUGGGAGACAGCAUGUCAAAGCGGCUGAAGUUGGUGACAGGACCUGAAUCGGAGAUGGUGGAGCGGUGUUUUUUGAAUCCUCAUCCAGACUGGGACCAGGGCGCUUUCACGCCCGGUACUGCUGGUUCCGAAAGCGACGGUGAGCACUUUGAUUCCAACGGAAAGAUCAGUGAUGGCUUCAGGAAUAAGGUUAACAAGAAGAUCGAUGACCUGCUACAGCAAAUGGAGGAGGGCCUGAAGAUGGCCGACCCACACGACUUCUCUGCUUAUACAGGAUGGACAGGCAUAGCCCUGCUCUACCUGCAGCUUUACCAGGUGAACAACGAGCCGACCAAUUUGCAGAGAGCCCUUGACUACGUGAAGAGGACCAUGCGUAACCUGAACGGCAGGAGAGUCACCUUCCUGUGUGGCGAUGCGGGUCCGCUGGCUGUGGGAGCUGUGGUCCACCAUAAACUGAAGAAUGAUACUGAGGAAAAAGAAUGCAUUACAAAGCUUCUACAACUGCACAGAGCAGUGGUGAGCUCUGACUCCGAUCUCCCCAAUGAGCUGCUUUAUGGCCGGGCUGGUUACCUUUACGCACUGCUCUAUGUGAACAAAGGGAUCGGGCCUGAAACCAUACCUGAGUCCAACAUCAAAGAGGUUGUUGAUGCUAUCCUUGAAUCGGGAAAGAAGCUGUCCAAAGAAGAACGAAAAGCAGAACGGUGUCCGCUUUUGUAUGAGUGGCAUCGGAAGCAGUAUGUGGGAGCAGCCCAUGGCCUGGCAGGGAUCUACUGCAUGCUCAUGCAGCCAAGUGCAAAGGUGAACCAAGAAGUCCUGAUAGAGCUGGUUAAACCCAGUAUUGACUAUGUACGCCACAAAAAGUUCAGAUCUGGAAACUACCCAUCAUCUCUCAGCAACGAGAUGGACCGAUUAGUGCACUGGUGUCACGGGGCUCCUGGAGUGAUACACAUGCUUAUACAAGCUUACAAGGUGUUUAAAGAGGAGAAGUACCUGAAGGAUGCAGUGGAAUGCAGUGAGGUGAUCUGGCAGAGGGGAUUGCUGAGAAAAGGCUAUGGAAUCUGUCACGGGACAGCAGGAAACGGCUACUCCUUCCUGUCGAUGUACAGCCUAACUCAGGAUAAGAAGUACCUGUACAGAGCCUGCAAGUUUGCAGAGUGGUGUUUAGAUUAUGGGACCCACGGAUGCCGUAUUCCUGAUAGACCAUAUUCUCUCUUUGAAGGUAUGGCUGGAGCUAUUCAUUAUCUUUCCGACCUGUUAAACCCAGAAACAUCUCACUUCCCAGCAUUUGAACUUUGACCAGUGGAAGAAUAAAUGUUUUACGGAAAAGGACAGAUAGCUGAAGGCAGCUGGACAGCUUAGUGCCUCAAAUGCCAACUUCUAGAACAAAACUAUGAGCUUUUCCCAAGAACCACAGGCAUGGAAAUGGACAUAAGAAGACGUCUUCUGCCUAUAAUUUCUAGCAGUAACUAAAGCCCAUGUAACUUGGAAACAAAUCUGCAUGCUUCUAAUGCUGUUGUCAGUGGAUGUACAGUGUCUGUGUUCCUGUUUGUAGCAAGUUCCUUAAUUUGUGAGACCCACUCCUUUUAUUGUUGUCUUCUUGUGUGCAUGAAGAAAGCAGAACUUAAUUGUUGGGAUGUGCUGUGUGAAGAUGCAGUACAAAUUUCAGUCUAUAUAUUAAAAAAAAGGGUCUCUAUUAGUACAGCCAGGUCUGUUUUCAAUUUAAUUGAGUAUCAAGAUUGCCAAAGCAAAUAGGUAUGUUUAGAGUAAUAAUGAGUAGUGGUUAACAUCUAUUUUUUUUUUUCAUUUAAAAUGGAUAAAACCUAGAAACACACCACGAUUGAUUUGUAGUUGAUCAUUUGAUCUUUAAAAGAGCACCAUGGAUACAUCGUACACUGUUCAGCCUCCCCAAAAAUACUUGUAGAGCAGGAGCUUCAACUGGAUUAAGAUCCAGGAAUCUGGCAGCCUCUCUGUGCUCUUAAAACCAUUCCUGACACCUGGUCAGAUAGAUAACACAUACCCCACCCCAAAGAUUGAUGAGUAGCAGCAUUGGCAUCUUUCACCAUCAGUCAAAGAUGACAAUACCCCCAAGAUAUUCAGGUACAAUAUUAUUGCAACAUUACCUUGACUGAAGUUGAGGUAACCCCAAUCAAAAAUGCUGCCCACAGUAUUAACCCUUUGUGGUCUUAUGUCAGACAAGGUCCAACAUUAUAAUUUUCCCUUUCCGCUCCGACAUCAUCAAAAACACAUAAAAGACAGGUCUCUAGUCAUUUUUUCUCUGGAAAAAGCCAAGAAAACCAUUCAAUGGCCGAGUGAGACCGAUAGGAGCCGAGGGAAGCCGUAAAAAAAAGAAAAGGGGGGGGGGGCGGAUCUGAGCAAUACACAUAGCCCCGGCACCACAGAGAUAACACGGCCAUAAACAAACAAGAUAGCUGCUUAUGCAUCCAGUGCUCAAAGAAUAUCACGGACAUUUGCAGAGCUUUUUGAGAUGUUAUAGUAAUAAAAUAAUGACGUGGAUCGCAUUAUUGAGGAGUUUGAUGAUUAAACGAGUGAUUAGGAGAUGAUUUAUCGGUAUGCGCAACUAUGAAGAGGUAUGUGAAAAAUACAGUGAACAGGGGUGGGGCGGGGCUGGAGAUGCAGUACUCUGUGUGUCCUGUUGAUAUGCAGUGCCUUUUAAACCUGUUUUACUGUGAAAAAACUACUUUUAAAACAGCGUGUCUAAAAUAAACUGCGCAUAUGAAAAUAAAUUGGACCUGACGCGCCUGAGACGCGCUGAAUAAAUGGACCGCAAAGUGUUAAGUAUUGGUAAAUGGUCACUUGUAAAGAUUCUGUGGCCAAGCUACUGUAGCUGCAGCAGGCCCUGUUGUAAUUUAGGAUGACCACUGGAAAUUGUUUUCUAUAGAACAGUGGAUAUCUCUGAUUUGUUAAACAGUGCUAGAAAAAGUAACCUGGUCCUUCCUGGUUUAAGAUAUAUUUUCCAGGAUUCUAACAUACUGGAACAUUUCUGGGGUUCUUAUACUGUUACUUUGCUAUGGUUGUAAAGUGGUUGCACGGUAUUAUUUAUGCAAGUUGUUAGAGGAGAUGAAGAUCAGUAGGUCAACUUGUGAGUCUUCUAAUUGUCUAAAUGUAAUGUCACUGUUGUUUUGUGAUGUGUUAUUGUGUGCAUUUAAUGUGUGCAUGUUUAAAAGGGCUAACAUAAUCAGACCGUACUGUGGGGAAAUAGUGCCAGUGAUAGCACCUGGAGACUAUACAAAUCUGGAGAGAUUUGGGCUAAUUGGAGAAAGGAUGAGAGCCACAAUAAUUUAUUGUGUACUUUUAAAAUCUCCUAUCUGAAAACAGAAAGUUAAAACAUAUUAGACAGGGGUUAAAACAUAUUGGGGGCUAAAAACAAUCUUCCAGGCACCAUCUACCAAAAUAAAAAAAGACCUAAUAGUAUUGUUUUAGUGUUAAACAUACUCUGAGUAGCAUUAAUCAAAGUAGUUGUAGGGAACUUCAGUUCGUAAAGUGGUCAAAGUUUAUUGGUUAAUCUGGCUUGGGUUAGCAUUUUAAUGUGGCAGACUGGAAGUUUUGCUUUUUACUUAUACUAUAUUUUAGGGGAAAGUAAGCUGGAUUUCUCAGGACAUUGAGCUGUUGGGAUUUUUAUGGUUAACCUUCUUUUUUGUUUACAGCUUACAUUGGUAAACUUUUAAUAGUCCCAGAUUUAUGUGCGCACCCAAAUACAUUCUUGGAGUGCUUGAGCAUAGCCAUUUGUAAUUGUAUUUUCCAUUUUCUAGUGCUGGCACUCUGCAGUAGGGUGCAGAAUCAGGAAUCCUUAGCAAAGGUUUAGUACAAGAAAGCAAUUGCAUUUUUAAAUUGCAAUGACAAAAAAAAAUACUAUAACAUUUUCUAAGUCACCUAUCUGGAUUUGCUUUUAGUGGAAAAUUUAGUUCUUAAUCUGCUUGUUAGAUUGAACGCUUCCAAGUUAUAACAUCUAUUUUUAUAUGGUUCAGUAGCUUUACAAAGGCUUUACAAUUCUUUAGAUGUUCAUUAGAUUGAUCUUCCAGAAUUGAGGAUUAAGUUUGAAUAAAUUGUGGUUGUUAACAAUAAUGGAUAUUUUCAGCUACAGCUUAUUUGGUGUCACCUAAAUAUACUUUAAAUGUCCCUUGCUCUUUUUAGAUAGCAUAUCUUAUUACCUUAUGCUAAAUUGUAUUAGAAUUUCCUAGGAGUUGCAAUUAUGGUGUCCAGACUUCUAGACUUCUUUGCCCUUGUCUCAUUACUUCAUUUGUUAACCUUUAAUUUGUUCCAUCCUCUUAUGUUGUAUAUAUUUGUGCACAGCAUGCACUACUGGGUGUAAAGUUAACAGUGUUACUGAUAAAAAGGAUAUCGAGGUUUGUGUAUUGUAUGCUUUAAAAGCUUUGGAUACAAUCUCAAAUCAGUUUAGAAUAACAAUGGCCCUCAAUAGGUUUUAAUAUAUUUACAUUUUUCAAUACAAUAGUAUUAAUAAUAAAACAUCAGCUAGUUUUCUGUCUUUGGUAAUGGGACAGAAACACCCCCUAAUGUUUGCAUUUAAUUCACUGUAGUAUAUUACUUUUAAAAAAUGAAUAGAUUAGCAGGAAAAUAUGUAGGCCUAAUACAAGCUACUGCCCAAAGAAUCCACCUUUGUAAGUAUCCAUGCUUCACAUCUAAUUCAGUGAUAUAAAACACUUUUCCUCAAAAGUUGUAUUGCUUUGUACAGAUUUCAUUUUCCAAUAAAAUGCUACACCAUUUCACCUGUCUUGAAACUUAGACUUCAUUAUAUGGGGGUGAGCAAAAUAAAUGUGAACAAUGGAGUAGAAUGGUUUGAAUUAAAACAGUUUACAUCCGUGUCUGAUGUUCUAGAAAUGCAUCUUGGGGUUCCUACAGUGCAGCUCUCCAUUUUAUUAAUGGUAUAAACUUUGUCCAGCUGAUAGCACUGGCCGACUGCUUUUUGCAAAGCAACGAGAAAAACAAGUAUUGUUUUAAUUGGCAUUCAAUGUUAUUUUUUUUCCUUGCUUGUUUUUGCCUGUUUGUUACGUUUUUUUUUUUGUUUUAUAUAAUAUAUGGCUGUGUGACAGAAAUACAAUGAUUCUUGGUUGUAAAUUUCCCUCCCGACCUGUGAGGGUGCUAAGCAGCUAGUUCCCUAGAUGGGCUGGCCUGACAGUUCUUUCCCAGGGUUCAAGGGAAGUCUGCCAGCUAGAAAGACAUUGACCCGGAAGGGAAACGACAUGGCAGCCGCAGAUUGGAGAGGUAGUUUCAGUCGUUUACCAAGGGGUCAUGUGUGACGGCAUAAAAGGGGAUGGAGAAUCGCAAUCUGUUCCUUCGCUUUGGUUUGAGUUUUAAACCUGUAAGGACUGUGAGAGACCCCGUGAGAAAUUACGUACCGUGAGUGUUUUGUUUGUUUGUCUGCAAUUGUCUUGUCUUGGGAAUUAUGUUUCCGGAGCUGUCGCCGAGGGCCAGCACAAAGCAGGACCAACACUUCACCAUUGUCGCAAAUAUAAACUUGUAUCACCCACCACAAGCACUACUGCAUGCACCCAGGACUGGUGACCGUGUAUGUAUUAUUGUGGGGCGGAUAUUGUUUAUUAUUUGGGACUGCAAUCCCCUUGUUAUUUACCCCGUGCAGUACACAUUGGUGUGUAUUGUUGGGGGAUUAUUGUUUGGUCGCCAGACCUGGAAAAUAUAAAUAAAACCCUUUUCCAAACGGA